AUGAAUGCGUGUUUAAGUGAAAAUCAUAAAAAAAUAGAGCGAAUAAUCGACGAAGGAUACAAUAUAUUUAUUAGUGGGCGAACUGGAAGCGGGAAGUCGUUUCUUCUGAGGUAUUUGAUUGAAAAAUUUAAGCAAAACGGUCGACAUUUUGCUGUAACAGCUCUGACAGGAAUCGCAGGAGAGAAUGUCGGUGGCCGUACAAUACAUUCUUUUGCUGGAAUAGGAACAGGAAGCAUAGACACGCAUCAACUAAUUGCAAGCAUUAGUGCUAACAUUCAAGCUGUAGAGCGAUGGAGACAGUGUUCCAUUCUUAUCAUCGACGAAGUCUCUAUGGUAAGCAGGGAAUUAUUUGAGAAACUCGAAGAUAUCGCUAGAGCGACCAGAGAAUGCACUAUUCCUUUUGGAGGAAUACAGUUAAUUCUCGCAGGGGACUUUUGCCAGUUAAAACCUGUGGACACCGAAAACAGAAAGGACCAAGACCUAUUUUGCUUUCUGAGCCCUUUGUGGGAUGUAUGUAUCGAUUUGUCCGUGUUUUUUGAAGAGAACUACCGUCAAAACGAGCCGGAAUUGCGACACGUAGUAGACGACUUUCGAUCGUGCGAGCUUUCAAACUUUUCAAGGCACUUUAUUUCGCAAGCUUUACGUCGUCCUCUUGACUGUGACCCGUUUGAAAUAGUGAGGCUUCAUUCUCAUCGUGAUAGUGUCAGUGAAUCAAACGACACUUAUUUGAAGCAGCUACCCGGCGAAGCAAAAAUGUUUGUUUCAGUUGACACUGGUAGCGCUGACUCUUUAAAGCAGUGCUCCGCUCCUAAGAAUCUGGCGUUGAAAGUUAAUGCAAGGGUCGUUCUUCUAAAGAAUAUAAGUCAUCGUCUUGUCGAUGGACUCCGUGGUAAUGUUCUCUAUUUCUAUGAAAAUUGGCCAUGUGUUCGCUUUGACAACGGAGAAAUUGUCAUAAUCAAAGAAGAGAUGUUUGCUGUUGAAGAGGAAGGACGCGUUUCUGCAACUAGGAAACAAAUACCCCUAGAUUUGGCAUAUGCACUGACCAUCCACCGAAGUCAAGGAAUGUCAUUUGACUUUGUUGAAGUAGACAUUUCUUCAGUCUUUGAGCCUGGACAAGCGUACGUCGCUGUUUCAAGGGCAAAAACUGUCCAUGGUUUGAGAAUAACUAAGCUACCUCAAACAAUGCCACAAAUCAGCCCACUUGUGAAAGAGUUUUAUUCCUCAAAAACAGUUUCUGCAGAUGAUUUGGAUGUACCAACCGUCCUGUCAAAUAAGAAAAAGUGUGAGUGUAAUUCUAUACCGUUUAUCAAAAUCGACACCUGUUUGCCAGUUCUCAGUCCUGCACAAGAGCCCAAGGAAGUUCAUCUAAGUGAAGAGCCUAGAGAAAUACCACAGCAUUGUUAUGACAAAAUUCACAAGAAAGUUAAGGAAGAUGCUGAAAUAAGUGAGGACAUUGCUAAAGUUUUGAGUGAAGUUGGAGAACAAAAUAUUGAUGGGAUAAAUUUGUUUAUUAAGUGGAUUUGGCAAAUCUACAUGCAAGUCCAUAACAUGAAGCAGCACAGUCCACCUGACCUUAUUGACAAAAAGAAAUGGUCCGGAGUAACAAGCGAUCUUCAUGAUAUAUGCAGAUCAAAGCAAAUGCUUGAAAAGUGGAAAGGGUGUGUUCGAAACUUCGUGGCAAACACCGAAAGGCUGCAGUAUCAUACUGCAGAGCAAUCUAUGCUGAAUUUAUACAUCAGGCUGCCAGUCUUAUACCCUCAAGCAAUACAACUACUACAAUUUCUGUUCAGCAUCAAGACCAAUUCUCAAGAGAAGAGACAGAUAAUCAUGUAA